GCGCAGCUGCACUCACCUCACCUGCACUCCACUGCUCUGGACUAUAAGCUGCCUGCUGCCAUUGUUCUCGAGACAAGCAAGGUGCGAUCGAGAGCGAGAGAUGGAGGCGGCCACUCCUCUGCUGACGCCGUACAAGAUGGGCGACUUCGAGCUCAAGCACCGGGUGGUGAUGGCGCCGCUGACGAGGCAGCGCUCCUACGGCAACGUGCCGCAGGCGCACGCCGCCGUCUACUACUCCCAGCGCGCCACCAAGGGCGGGCUCAUGAUCACCGAGGCCACGGGCGUCUCCGACACGGCGCAGGGCUACACCGACACCCCCGGCAUCUGGACGGCCAAGCAGGUGGACGCCUGGCGCCCCAUCGUCGACGCCGUCCACGCCAAGGGCGCCGUCUUCUUCUGCCAGCUCUGGCACGUCGGCCGCGUCUCCACCACCGCGUUCCAGCCCGGCGGCGCGGCGCCCAUCUCCAGCACCGACCGCGCGGUGUCCCCCCAGAGGAGCUUCGACGGCCACGUGGAGGAGUUCUCCGCGCCGCGGCGGCUCGAGGCCCGCGAGAUCCCCGCCGUCGUCGACGACUUCCGCCGGGCCGCGCGGAACGCGCUCGACGCCGGGUUCGACGGCGUCGAGAUCCACGGCGCCAACGGCUACAUCAUCGAGCAGUUCCUCAAGGACAGCGCCAACGACCGCGCCGACGAGUACGGCGGCACCCUCGAGCGGCGCUGCCGCUUCGCGAUCGAGGUCGUCGAGGCCGUCGCCGGCGAGGUCGGCGCGCGCCGCGUGGGGGUCCGCCUCUCGCCAUUCACGGACUACAUGGACUGCCACGACUCCGACCCGGAGGCCCUGGCGGGCUACCUCGUCGACAAGCUCAGCGCCGUCGGCGUGCUCUACUGCCACAUGAUCGAGCCCCGGAUGGCGCUGGUGGACGGGCGCCGGCAGAUCCCGCACCGGCUGCUGCCGUACCGGAAGGCGUUCCGGGGCACCUUCAUCGCCUCCGGCGGGUACGACAGGGCGGAGGGGAACAAGGUGGUGGACGAGGGGUACACGGACCUGGUGUCCUUCGGCCGGCUGUUCCUGGCGAAUCCGGACCUCCCCAGGAGGUUCGAGCUCCCCGACGCGCCGCUCAACAAGUACGACCGCGCCACCUUCUACACCUCCGACCCCGUCGUCGGCUACACCGACUACCCGUUCCUCGACGACGUCGUCCAGGCCGCCUGAUCGUCGUCCAUCGACAUUGUACCCGUCGUGUUGCACAUCCUCUGCUCUUCCAACUUCCUUUUAUUCGUCGAUGCGUCGUCGACAACCUUGUACUCUGCUGCUUGAUCGGUGUGCACGAUAUAGCAUGUUACGAAUGUCAGGAGUUGCAAAAUAAAUCAAGUUUGACCCGUAAUUUUACAAGAGAA